AUGGUGGCUCAUACUACUAGUGAAAAAUUGAAAGGUUCUGAUGAACCAAUUCUGGAUCAUUCAUUAAUUAGUCUCCAUAAACACACAUACAAGCCAAAUGGUUCACCAUAUCAUAAAAAUUUAGACAAAAUUCGAAUCCCUAUCAACUUCCAAGAUCUGAUACAGGACAUCGCAGAAAGUUUCAUAUAUAUCGAAGGUAAAUUCACUCCUACUGAUCCUACCACAAAGUUUGUUAUUCAUCAAAUAAUGCACUGUUAUGAAAUGGAAGGUGAACAAGUAGAUGUGAUUCGAAAUCCUGGUAUAACUACUACAAUGAAAACUAUGAAAUCGUAUGGACAAACGCAUAUGACAUCGCUUCAAACUACCAGAUGGGGUCUCAAACAGGCAUCGCAAGAUGUUUUGGAUUACCAUAGUCACAUCUUCAGUGGAAAAUUGCUUUUGAAGUACCUGAUGGGCUUUGCUGAAGAUUACACUGAAGGAAUUCUGAAUGUGAAGCAAGAGCUCAUACUCAUAAUUGCUCACACAUUCAAAAACUCGUACAUUGAAGAGGUUAAUGCUGAUUUGGAGAUGAGUAGAAUCGAAUGGAAAAUCAAACACAUCAUUCCAGAAGAUAGACAAAAGCUCAAAUUACUCAACCGCAUAAAUAGAAAUAAUACAGCUAAAGUCAAAUUAGCACAUAGAAUAUGGGAUCUAUAUGAAUUAUCAUCACUACGAGACACUGUCUCAUAUAUUUGGGCAAUGAAAACAACGAAUAGUCUCGAACGCUCUCGAUAUAUAAUUAUUGGAUUUCAACACACUUACGAUCUCAAUGAUAGAUCGAAUGAUGUAACAAAAUUCAAUCAUGCUGAUGUUUACAACAUCCGUCUAUAUCUCAACUCAGAAGUUUAUCUAUAUGGAAGGUGGAAUCUCGAUUGCGAUAAAAAACUACACUCACCAGCUUACUAUGCUUAUGAACAAUUCCAACGAAACUAUUAUAAUAAAGAUAUGAGUGAGCCCAUGAUGACCAUCGAAGAGUUUCGUGACAACCCCCUAUUCAUCAUUGACUGUUGUCAUCAACCAGAUGCGAUGAAGACUUCAACAGUGGACAUAAAAGUGAAAUUCGAAACUCGCAAAACCAAGUUUCCAGAAAAUACAAGGGUAUAUGCAUGA